UCCCUCCUCAUUUCAUAUUUUCUGUGCUCAGAGUCACAAUAACGAAAGAAAUAAUUUGAUUGAUUACGUUGAUGAUUUAAUAAGCUGUGAAUAACAACAGGGUUGGAAAGAAAAUGGCUUCAAACGGACUCUUCUCUACUUAUUCUCUUUGCAGUGAUGCAGCUGGAGUUGCAGGAAACAUCUUGGCUAUUGUGCUAUUUGUAUCACCGAUACCAACAUUUAGAAGAAUUAUCAAAAAUCGUUCGACAGAGCAGUUUUCAGGGCUGCCCUACAUAUAUUCCCUCUUGAACUGUUUGAUUUGCCUAUGGUAUGGCUUGCCUGUUGUCACUCCGGGUAUCAUCCUGGUAGCGACAGUCAAUUCAGUGGGAGCAAUUUUUCAGUUAGCGUACAUUGGCAUCUUCAUUACAUGUGCAGAGAAAGCUCGAAAGGUAAAAAUGCUGGGACUGCUGCUAGGGGUAUUUGCUCUGUUUAUUGUCAUAGCACUUGUUAGCAUCAAGCUAUUUGACCCCCCUUCACGGCAACUUUUUGUUGGAUAUCUGAGUGUUGCUUCUCUCAUAUCCAUGUUUGCUUCUCCCCUGUUUAUUAUUAAUCUGGUGAUCAAGACAAAGAGCGUGGAAUACAUGCCAUUUUAUCUUUCGCUUUCAACCUUUUUGAUGAGCCUAUCAUUCCUUGCUUAUGGAAUGUUUAAGCAUGAUCCAUUCAUUUCUGUGCCUAAUGGAGUUGGAAGUGUUCUGGGAGUCGUACAAUUAGCAUUGUAUACAUACUAUAGCAGAUUUUCUAAUGAAGAAUCAACAGAGCCAUUGUUAGUUUCUUAUGCUUGAAAAGGUUUGGGAGUACAAGACUGUCAAGCAUUCAGGUGAUGGGAAGAAGAAAAUUCUCAGUUGGAUUAUCUUUUUGUAGUUCUUUUCUAUUGUUUGGUUUGUUGAGUUGCUGAGGAAGUGAGGGGAUCCUCAAUGUAGACAAUGAGGUCAGGGGUGAUGUGAAAACAUUUGUCGUAAGUGUAUGUUGAAAA